AUUAUCCUGCCGGUCAGUUGGGAUGGUACAUUUGCAAAGAGUGGCGAGACACGUAUUCAACCCGAACGCAACCACUCCGAUGACUCUGAAUACUUUCAAUAUAAUAGGGAACCCACAGUGCUGCCCACACAAUGGAAUGGUGAAUUUCAGCUCGAUCCCAAUGAUAUACGCAUCAAACCAGAGCGUAACUUCUCAGACGCGCGUGACUAUGCGGAGGCAAUCCGCUUCAAGCCAAUCAGUUAAACGACAUCUUGGUAUUAUGGGAGCUAGCGGAAAAUAUUCGAGCUCAGCAUUGAAACUGUUUUAAGUUUUACUAACCACACGUUUUUCAAUAAUUUCAACUACACGCAAAAUCGCACAAGUGCUGACUGAUUUAGUGAGCCAAAUUUAUGCAUAAGCCAUAAAUGGUGAAGCUAAAAUCUAUACUUUUGUGCACUCUUAAGAUGUACUCGUAUUUACUUACAUAUGUAUAUUUAGUGCAGAAAAUUUUUUUUAAAUUAUGUAUUGUGAUUAUAUUUGUAUGUAGUAGUAUUGAUGUCAAGAGAAAUAAAUGGACUAACUUUGUUGAGUACUUAAACA